CUUCUGUAGUCCUCACUGCCAUUGAAAUCUCUCUCUUUCUCUCUCUAUUCGCUCUCUGUUUCAAUGUUGUUGAAAUUUCAUCAUCUUCAAUCACAAAUUUAAAUUAAAAAAACCUAUAAUUAAUUUGAUCAAAAAUGGCGGAAAAUCAAGUAACUUCGCCGAAAUCAAUUCUAUCAACAAAUUCAAUUGAUUCAAUUCAACAGCAACAACAACAAAACCCCAGUCUUCUUUCUCCUCCUUGUUCGAAUAACAAUAAUAUGCUAUCUCCGUCGUCUUCAAUGGAUCAUCAGAUCUCAUCUCCUCAAAUUUCUAUAACUCAAACACCUUCGCUUUCAGCUAAUUCAUCUCAAUCCUCUUUACUUCAACAACAACAACAGCAACAACAGCAAAUUAACCCUAAUGUUUUACAACAGCAACAACAGCUGAAUCAACAACAACAAUUGAAUCAACAGCAACAGAAUUUGAUGUCGCAGAAGAAUUUUGGUCAAAUGCAGAGAUCACCAUCAAUGUCAAGGAUGAGUCAAUUACAGCAGCAGCAGCAGCAAACGUAUGGUAUGGCGACUGGGACAAUGUUACAACAAACGGGUGUAUAUGGGCAGAUGAAUUUUGGUGCUACAUCGAAUCUCCAACAACAGCAGCUGCAGCAACAGCAGCAGCAGCAAAUGGUUAGUGGGGGUGGGGGUUUAUCUAGGUCAGGUUUGAUUGGACAAGUUAGUGGGCAACUGCCAAUGUUGCCUGGCCAAGCAGCAGCUGCAGCUAAUGCUCAAUAUAAUAUUCAAUCUCAAUUGAUGCCGAGGCAAAAGGCAAAUUUGAUCCAAGGAUCCCAGUUUCUUGCGGGUAAUAAUCCUGCACAAACAUUGCAAGGACUUCAGUCAUUAGGAGUGAUGGGGAUGGGUCAGCUUGGACAGAAUAGGUCACUUGCUUAUGCACAGCAGUUAAAGCAAGUGCAAAUGAGGCAACAACAGUUGCCCCAACAGACAUCUCUUACUUCUCCUCAGAAGCUACAGGGUCUACAAAGGGCAUCAUCAAUGGCUGCUUUGAAUCCCCAAUUAGCAGGGUUGACUCAGAAUGGGCAACCAACUAUGUUGACACAGCAGCAAUGGUUCAAGCAAAUACAGCAACCAAUAUCUUCUGCAGGUUCUCCCUCUUUCCAGCUGCAACAACAGCAGAGGCAACAACAGCAGACAUACUUGCCUCAGCAGCUAGCAUCAUCUCCCCAAUUGCACACAAAAUCCAUGACCAUGAACCAGCAGCAACUAUCCCAGCUAGUAAAUCAGCAACCACAGCUGGUGAAUCAGCAGUCGCAAUUGCAUCAGCAGCAGCAACAGCAACAGCAGCAGCAACAACUACAACAACAGCAACAGCAACAGCAGCAACAACAACAACAGUCUCCAAGGAUGCCUGGUUCAACUGUUCAAAAAUCAUUUAGCUUGACCGGAUCACAACCAGAUACUCCUGCAUCUGGCACCACCACACCUGGGGGUAGUUCAAGCCAUGGAACAGAGGCAAACAAUCAACUUCUUGGAAAAAGAAAGAUACAAGAUUUGGUCUCUCAGGUGGAUUCACAAGGAAAGCUGGAUUCUGAAGUUGAAGAUCUCCUAUUGGAGAUAGCUGAUGACUUCAUUGAUUCGGUCACCACAUUUGCUUGCAGUUUAGCUAAGCAUCGGAAAUCUGCAACGUUGGAAUCCAAGGAUUUGUUGCUACACCUUGAGAAGAAUUGGCAUUUAACAAUCCCAGGAUUUACAGGCGAGGAGCAGAGAUACUCAAAAAGACCGUUAUCCGGUGAUCUUCACAAGAAGCGUCUCGAGAUGAUACGAGCACUUAUGGAAUCCUCGCAACAGCCGGAGAAUACGAAAAUGAUCAAUCCUAAAGAUACCAUGAAACAGGGAUUUAUGCAUCCAGUUGGAGUUAACCAUCAACUUAGAACACCCACAAAUUCGGAGCAAUUGGUUUCUUCGUUAGCUGGAUCUUCAAUGUUGCAGCAACUUCCCAGGUUUUAAUGGAAGAUAUAUAAUUCAUGCCUAACUGCUGGGGGCUCAACAUAACUCGGUGUCUAGGAUAUAAUUGUACAUAGUCAUCAUCAUGUGUGGGGUGUUUUAGGUCUUUUUACAGUUGUACAUUAUGUGUUACUUUUGUCUCUCAUUUUUUGAUCGAAUGCGAAACAUGUUCGGUUGUUCUUCUUCGUUUACUCAUAAACACACAUUAUUAUGUCGCUCGAAAGGUAUCUAUCAGUAAUUCUAGAUUGACGCAA